UCUGUUUUUUCCCGGCUGCAGACAUUUACUGCUGACUCGCUCCUGACAAGUCGUGCUUUUGUCUCCGGUUAGCUUGGACUCCCGGGCGCCGUGUCCUCGUGCUGCUGGUGGUCUGGGCUCGUGUCGGGGAGCUCGGCGCGCGCUGUUCCCUACAGCACAGGUGAAAUCUCAGUGCCUGUGUGUGUGUGUGUGUGUGGAGGACAGAAGAACAGCUUUGUGCGAUUCGUCCACAUCGGUCUGAGGGAUUGCCUAUCGAAGCACACCAAAGAGAGCCUCUCCCUGUGGGUGUGUGUAUGUGGUUCUCUCAGGAUCUGCUUUGUCUGAGAAACCCGUCUACAUACAGCACGUUCGACUGAGAAAUAUCAUCAUUAUCCAGCGUGCCAGGCCUGCUGAGCCCGGCGUGCUCUUUUCUGACUUUUCCCUUAGAGCCCUUCACACCCUCUGCAAACACUGGCACAGCAGCACUUUAGGACAGCAAAUCAUGAGCGAGUUCUGGUUGUGCUUCAACUGCUGUAUCGCCGAGCAGCCGCAGCCGAAGCGACGGAGGCGCAUUGACAGGAGUAUGAUCGGUGAGCCGACAAACUUUGUCCACACAGCCCACGUGGGAUCUGGAGAUCUGUUCAGCGGAAUGGACUCUGUGAACUCAAUUCAGAACCAAAUGCAGUCGAAGGGCGGGUACGGACGUGAGACCAUGUCCAUUAAUGCGCAGAUGCAAAUGGUAGACACAAAAGCAGGAUAAUCCCCAACUUCAGGAGGCUUCCACUGCAUCAGUGUAUCCAUUCCAACUUUUUCCAUAGCCUCCCAGCAUCCCUCUGUUCUCACCAAGCAAACACACGGACCAUCAUGCACUCCAUGGGAAUGAGGAUGCCCUGUCCACGGCUGUCAGUGUCCUCGCCGCCCUCAUAAUGGACGCUUGCAUGCCCCGUCAACAACCGUCUAGCAGUGCAUGGUGUAACCUGGCCUAUAUGUCUGUGGUUUGAACAGCUCAUUUUCUCAGCACUCAUACGCAAAGGUCUGGAACCUACAAGUACAAACUUUUUUUUUUGUUUUUUUUUUCAGUUUUGAUUUAUUUUCUUUUUUUCCUUCAGAGACUUUUUGAGUUUGAAUCCUGGCGUGAACAACAACAUGAACAACAUUCGUAUAAAUUGUUGCUCUGCGAUGUCAAAAUGCUCGUUUCCGAUUGUUUGAGGAGUCACUUCUGAGCAGAACUACCGUUUUGUUUUUUUUUGUUUUUUUGUGUGAGUGUGUUUAGUUUUUGGAGACGGACGCUCAAAUGAAUGCUAUUUUGUAAAGAAGUAUAAAUGUUCUUCUGUUAUUCGUCAUUUCAGAUCAUUUCUUGUAUCUUUUGUUUUUCUUUGUGAUAAAACAUGAUUAGAUUGGUAAUAACUGAUGCUGAAAUGCACAACUGACAUUUCUUUUACCACCCUGCUGUAAAUGUUUUAUCAUAAACUUGAUAUGAAGAUGCUCAAGAUAUAGUUGUUUGCUGUACAGUCAAUGUCCUAAUGCUUUAACAAUGUCGUCAGUGUCUAAAUGCUUUAAGCUGAUAUGGCAUCAAUAUUUAUGAGAUUAUGGAAGAUCUUGAAAUUGGGGCCAGUUCGCUAUCUCUGUUGUUUUUGCAGUCAUUUGGAAAAUAUAAUAUGACCUCUUAGAUAAUGCUCUAGCGAUUUUUACUUCUUUGGAACAAAUGCCCCAAGCCUGCCAUUUAUUAUUGAAACUAUUACUCUCAAAGAUUUUUUGGCGUGAGAGACUCACGUUUUAAAUGGUUAUUAAACUAAAUAGUUUUGUCGAAUUGCACUAAUUUUAUGAAUGCAAAGUGAACAUCAGUAGAUUAUUGGAAAUUUAAAGUGUGGCUUGUUAAAAUACAAUAGAUGACUUUUACAAGUCGCUAAGGCUUCUCAAUCAAUUUUACAAAUGACAUUAGUUUGGAUUCAAGUCAUUGAUCAAUUCGAACAUUAAAACAACCUCAGUUUAGAGGGAGGUAUAUCCAGUAAAGUUAAAUGAGAUACAAGGCCAUACAGUAUGAAGGGCGAUCUUACAGCUGAAUGUCCAAUUGUGUGCUUUCUGUUUGUAUAUACAGUGUAUUAUGUGUGCCACGACCUAAACUAUGCUAAUUUAUUUUUCCUUUUUCCUUCUGUGUGACCCCC